AAAAUUAGGAGGGCACAACAGGAACAGGCAAUGCAAGCCUUUGGUUCAGUGACAAUCUUUUGUGAUCGUCAGAGGUCUGGUCGCUUCGACGAUUGGGCGGCUCACCUGGAAUCAGCCCUCGAUCUAGGCAACUUCGAGGAAGCUAGGAAAUUACGCCUAAUGCGCUCUAAACUCUACGGAGAGGCUGCUGAAGAAUUUGACACAUUCAAGUUAGACAACCCCAUCCGAUCCCAAGAGUACGCAGCAGUGAAAGCACGACUCUUCAAACUAUUCCACUCGACCGAAACGCGGUCACAAAGGAGUGUCGAGUUUCACAACAUGAAGAGGGAGCCGGAGGAAAACAUGCGCCGCUACGCAAAUCGUAUUCGUAAGGCGUUCCAUAAAGCUUACCCUAUGGAUGGGAUAUUAGAUUCAGCUACCACCGCAUCCCGGGAGCAAAUGAUGAUGGACAGGUUUCUGGAAGGUCUACCCAGCGAUGUACAAGUCCCCUUGAAAUAUAAAAAGUUUGCAUCGUUCGAGACACUUAUCGAUCGAGCCGAACUUACCGCAUUAGCUAUUGAAGAAUCACAGACGAGAGUUAGAAUCCAUGCAGCAUACUCAUCAACGAACGCCCCAACCCAUCAAAAUGAACUGAGCAGCGUGCUGGAAGCCCUAAAUCGCUUAAGCACCAAGGUCGACCAAAAUGCCACGACUCACAACGCGGAACUACAACAGAGUCUAGCAGAAAUGAAGAGGCAAUUAGCACAGAGGCCCUCUCAGGUUGGGGGAAGACAGAGAGACCCGAACAUGACGCAGCCCGAAGCUUUUAAAAGGGCAGCCCUUUUUUGCGAAUUCCACAACACCUGGGGGUUCCACACCGAAGCAGACUGUUUUACCAAGCUACAACAAAAGGACGAGCAUUGCCGCCUGUGCCGAAACAUAGGGCACCGACAUAAUUUCUGCCCUACCAUCCGGAACCCAAGACCCCCUCCACCAUCAGGGCAUUAUGGCACCGUAACAGUAGAUGUUCUCGUCGAGGACGAGAGGCCCCGUGAACCCUUUCAACAAGAGUUCAUCGUCGUUCCGGAAAUUAUGGAAGAAUGCGUACUAGGUUUAGACGCUCUUUAUGAACAUAAGUUUAUGAUCGACGGUCGUGAGAGGCGAGUCUAUCGAGUGAGGGAGUCUGAUCAACUCCAAAACGAUGACAAACCAACCAUGAUGGUGGCUGUUAAAACGAAAAUACCUCCAUCAUCCGCAUGCGUGGUGGAGAGCGAGAAUAGUGACGUCAAGCUAUCUCUCGACACCGCCUGUUUCCUAGUAAAAAACCCACGGUUACCCGCCGGUCUUCGACUGGACCCAUUCGUCUCUACAAAACGUGACAAUGGGAUGUUCAGAAUUGUGAUAGUCAACGAAACAAACCAAACUAUCUCCCUUCCUCGCUAUACCAUCUUAGGUCAUGUGGUUUUCGAGCCACCUACACUUAUAGCAUCUUGUUCCACCCAGCCUACUAUCAUCGACCCCGCCAUCUUCGAAGCCUCCCUCCCAGAUGUUACGGAAACAAUAAAGGGGGAAUUGCGCAAAUUGCUCCUAGAAAAACAAAGUAUCUUCGCAUUUCAAACACGCGAUCUGGGGAACACGGGCCUGGUCAAACACGUGAUCGACACUCAGGGGCAAGGGCCCAUCCGCCAAAGGCCAUACAGAGCAUCCCCCGUCAACGGGAGGUUGCAAAGAAAAUCAUCGACGAACUACUAG